UGUCAGUGUCAGGAGCGUCGCCUGUUCUCUGUGACCGUUCUGACAGUCUCUGUGGUGAUUUCCGGUGAGGUGAGGAAGUGGUGCGGAGCAGAGGGAGCCGGUGUGGGGAGAGGUGGCCGAAAUAUCGGUAUCGUAUCGGAACCAAAAUCUUGGAGCCAGGACAGCAGCAGCAACCACAUAGACUUUUGGAUAAUCUGGCUCCCUGUACACUGCAAGAGAGAGAACUGCAAUCCAAUUACAUCAUUCAAUCAGGGAGUCACUAUGGUAUUCUACUUUACUAGCAAUGUUGUGUCUCCUCUGUAUACGAUAUAUAUGGGAAAGGACAAGUUUGAAAAUGAAGAUCUUAUAAAGUAUGGCUGGCCAGAGGAUAUAUGGUUUCACGUAGACAAACUCUCCUCUGCCCAUGUUUACCUUCGGCUACAAAAGGGCCAGACGAUAGAUGACAUUCCUAAAGAAGUUCUGACAGACUGUGUGCAGCUAGUAAAAGCCAAUAGCAUUCAAGGCUGCAAGAUGAACAACAUCAAUAUUGUGUACACUCCUUGGAGUAAUUUGAAGAAAACUGCAGACAUGGACGUCGGCCAGAUAGGCUUUCAUCGGCAGAAAGAUGUGAAAUCUGUGACUGUAGACAAGAAAUUUAAUGAGAUUCUAAAUCGCCUGGAAAAGACAAAAGAUGAACGUUCUCCAGACCUGGCAGCAGAGAAGGAAUCGCGAGAUCGGGAGGAGAGAAAUGAGAAAAAGGCUCAGAUUCAGGAGGUAAAGAAGAGAGAGAAGGAAGAGGUGAAGAAGAAGAAAGAGAUGGAGGAUUUGAGGAGUUACUCCUCAUUGAUGAAGUCAGAAAACAUGUCUUCCAAUCAGGAUGGCAAUGACUCUGACGAGUUCAUGUAACGUUGUCCCGUAGCGAUGGGGACCCUUUUUCUCAAUGCAAAAAAAAACAAAAAACGGGAGCCUCUCCGUUAAAUCUCCAUCCAGCGUUUACUUCCAGCUCCAGCCUGAUUCAUCAGCGGUGGCAGACAUGGGAUAGCGGGAACAUCCUCCCACCCUGAAAUGGAUUACGUCUGCUUCUCUAAACCUGUUCUGUUACCUGGAGGAGAUUGAGGAUUUGGAGGAUUAUCCCCCGUCUGUGGAACAAUACUGAGGUAGCCUGCAGGUUCGUUCAGCGUCAGAAUGUCGCUCAAUUCACAAACCCAUCUGUGCUCAGGAAUGGCUGCUGUACAGGAUGGACACUCCGCUCCCGUCGUCGCCACUACACCUAGCUGAGCUGUUUGUUUUAAACUUUUAGUUCUUUCUCUUUGACAACCCUGAAGAUCUCCGAAAAAUAAGGAAAUAUUUUUAUAGCUGUCGUUUGAAUGCACUAUUUUUUUUUUUUUCUUUGGUCACCAGGGAGAACAUCCCUGAAACCUGCAGACAAUGACUCGCCUUUAACUUGCUCCAUGCCAUGCUUGGGUGUAGUCUAUAAGCAAGAUGGGUAUUAAAGUAUUAAUCAUGGAAUAUCA